AUGGCGAACAAACCAAUCCCUGAAUGUGCGCUGCUCGCUAGCGCACUGUCAGACAACGACCGUGCGCGGUUACGGGGGCGCUCUAGACAAGAAUUACAGCACUGGGUCUCCGUCGAAAAACAAGCGCUACAGCGCCGUUUGUUGGACCUCGAAUCUUUGCAUAACUCCACCAUCACUGUGAACACACUGCCAGACGAACUCUUCGUCGCUAUCAUUCGCCUUGCUAUCGUGUGGGAUCACAGCCCUUCGAAGUGGAACCGCAACCAUAUGAAGUGGAAGACUACGGUCAUGGCUGUAUGCCGUCAUUGGAGAGACACGAUCGUCCAUACACCUCUCUUAUGGACAGGCAUUUACUUGACGGAGAAUUUGCAGUUCUCGGACCUCUGCUUGACACGUUCAAGGGAUGCAACCAUCGAUUGGCAUGUGCUCGUGGUGUCUACACGACCGCGCACAAUCGACUGGUUUUCUACAACCGGUUCUCUCCUCGCGUCACAUCAUACGCGGAUCAGACGCAUGAAGGUCCAUUUCGAUGCCCUCAUGGUACCCGUUGCUCAACCACACUGGCAGUUGUCGACCGUCUCUUUGCCCGCGCUGGUUUCGAUGGACUUGUCGGUCGUUGGUGGGUUUUCUUCACAAUGGAUACCUAGCUCCCUCCCGAGUCUCCGACGGCUCUCGCUCAAAGGUCUUACCAUUGACGACCCCCAAUCAUCUUUGUCGCAGCUGACAUCCUUGGAGCUAUGCGACAUCGGAUUCCCGAAAAGAAGCCUCGCCUCACUUCUGGAUGUGCUGAAGACAUGUACCUUGUUACAGCAUUUUGUAUACGAGGAUUCCGAUGAGAUGCCAUUCGACACGCAGUCCGUCGCGGCAGACUAUGCGAUCCCGUUGCCACACACUUGCCACUUUUCUAUCAAGGCAACCUCCGCAAAUAUGUCAAGUUUGCUCGCACAUAUCCUACUUGCCAAGCAAACUCGCGUCUCGCUAUCCGUGAUCAAAUCCUACCCACUUCAGGACGAGAACGGCCACAUGUCCGUGCUCAAUACCUUCUUGCCGCGUGGCGCGCCGUUCUGGCCAGCUAUGAAGGACGUAAAUCACAUAAUGGUGUGGUGGGACGAGUAUGAUGGCCUCUCCACUAGUAUUAGCGCAGAUGUGGUGCUUACAGAGUUCUGGGAGGCGCAGUGGUGGAGGUCUCCUAGCUACACGGCCUGGGAAGCCAUCGACGAUCUUCCCGUCAAACCAUUACUCUCCAUAGAAAAUGAACUGAUGGAGUGGCCUGUCCCCCCGUCCACUGUCGGGCCCCUUCGGGCUAUUCUCGAAGAACUUGGUGAUUUCUUCCCGGAAUCCGCGAAGACCUUGAUUCUCUGUGGCUUUACCAGUUCAGAAGAUAUCGCCACGGAGACUUGGGCCCAAAUCCUAGCUUCAUUUCCCGCUCUCGAAUACUUCGAGCUCGUCGCAGAGCAGAACGCAACGGGCCCGGGCAGCGCUAGCCUUGCUCUAGCGCUCAAGCCGACAUCGACCGGGAUUCCCUGCCCUCACCUUCGGGAGCUCGUCCUACGGUAUAACGCAUGUUUCGACCUUGGAGACAGUAUUUGGCGGUCGCUGGACUAUCUUCGUGCGGUAUUGCAGGAGCGCGUUGACGAGGGUUCUUACCUGGAGACCCUCAGCCUCCAGUUGGACGUUCCACCUGGGCUCUUCGAACCGUCCACGAGGUCGACGGCUACCAGUCGGUGGCCACCCGAAUUCGAGGAGAUACAGAGGGAGUUGGCGCUUCUUGUCGGAACACUGGAGAUCUCUUAUAUGUUACCACAUGACAAGGACUGGACAACCAUUGUGUCGGUAGGGCGUGUUGGACAACGGUAGCGGCCUGUGCCAGUGUACGCGUUGCGACUCGAUGCUAAUCAUGCAUAGAACCCAGACUGCAUUAAUCGCACGCUGAUGACUAGUAGCAGUGUCGUAACAACACUCUGUAUGCACUUGACUUGCGAGUCGGACUUGAGCUAUCCGUCCCACGAGUUCACUACUGCCAAGCAGGAUUCAGACAUCCACACUUCGAAGGUAACACAAUCUCUGGGCUAGCGAGCGAGUGCUUCUUCAACGCAGACUGGUGCAGUUGGCCCGGCGGGCGUAGAUCGGCGUCCGAGCAGGACAGCCCUGAACUUGAGCUUG